UUAUAAGUGACAUAAAAAGCAGAUACUUAUAUCAAAAUUUUUUGUAGUCGAAAAUUUGUUAGAAAAAAAUAUAUCAAUGGCAUGUUCGUCUUGCUCACCUCCAGGUUGCCAACCUUCCCCACCAUGUCCACCUUCGGGUGACUGUGCAGGUUCGGAUACGACGGGUAUCGCCUAUUGUCAAGGAUGUUAUCCUACAUUUUGCUGUGUUCCUGUCUCAGUUUGUCCCGCUUGUCCAUGUGAACCGUGUCCUUGUCAGCCAGUUCCAGUUCCAUGUAUUCCUCAAGCUGCAGUCUUGACACCCGUUAUUACACCCAUGCCAUGCUGUCCUUGUCCUCCUAAUUGUCCACCAAAUUCCCAACGUGGAUGUCCACCGACACGUUGUUAAAUAAAGUCAGUUAAAUCUGGUGAUUUUAUAAAAUAUGUAUCGUCAAAGUAUAAAUAAAAAAUUAAAAAUAAAU